AUGGGUCGUGACUAUACAGAAGAAGAGAAGGCGUUUCUUAGUCAAGUAACGACAUCUGGAGGCGGAGUACAAUCAACUUCAACGACAGUAGCAGAACAAGAUAGGAAAUUUGGCAAUUUUAGUAAGAAAGAUUUAAUAUUCGACCCCACAGGCACAACACUAUACUAUUGGUUAUUCGUUGUGGCUGGAGCUGUUGUUUACAACUGUUGGACAAUAAUCUUCAGAAUCUCAUUCUUCGAAACCAAGGAACAUAAUUCUUAUUGGAUGAUGUCAGACUACUUUUGUGACGUCAUUUAUCUUGCAGACAUGUUUGUGGCGUCAAGAACAGGCUUUCUACUUGAAGGAAUACUUCAGAAAAGCAAAAAGCAACUUCGUUGGCAUUAUCUACGAUCACCAAACUUUUAUAUAGAUGCUUUGUCUGUUUUACCGCUCGAACUCUCUAACAUCAACAAAGAAUACAAUCCAGUGUGCCGCUUGAACAGAUUGUUAAAGUUCUAUCGAUACUGGUAUUUUCUCGAUAGAUUUGAAAGCCGUACAAAAUAUCCAAAUAUCUUUCGUCUAGCAUCACUUAGUCAGUUCAUCCUCGUUGCUAUUCACUGGAACGCUUCAAUAUAUUACCUUUUGUCAAAAAAUCUUGGACUUGGCUCAAGUAGUUGGGUACAUCCUGGAAAUCGCCUGAAUUCUACUUCAGACUAUUUAUCUUUAACUGCGAAAUAUGUAUAUUCGUUUUAUUGGUCAACGUUGACUCUGACCACGAUUGGAGUUCCCCAUCCAAAAAAUAAUAUUGGAUAUGCUUUUGUGACAAUUGAUUAUCUCAUUGGUGUCCUUCUUUUUGCCACGAUUGUUGGAAAUGUUGGUAGCAUUGUGUCAAACACCAAAAUGGCUCGUGUGAAUUUUCAAACGAAAAUGGAUAAGUUAAAAAGAUACAUGUACACCCAUAAGGUUCCCAAACGCUUGAAUGAACGUGUAAUAAAAUGGUUUGAUUAUUUAUGGUCGAGUAAACAACACGCAGGAGACGACGCUGUUUUAGAUGCUUUACCACAGAAACUGAAGGCAGAAAUUGCUAUCCAUGUUCAUUUGGAUUCACUCAAAAAAGUAGAAAUUUUUCAGAAUUGCGAAGCCGGAUUCCUCUGUGAAUUAGUCCUCAGGCUAAAACCUCAAUUAAUAUCCCCAGGGGAUUUUGUUUGCCGUGCUGGCGAAGUGGGUCAUGAAAUGUAUAUUGUAAACCGUGGAAAGUUGGAAGUUCUUUCUGAAGAUGGCGGCAAUGUUUUAUGUGUUUUGCAACCAGGAAGCUAUUUUGGUGAAAUUAGCAUACUGGAUUUAGGAGGGCGGCAUGGAAAUCGCCGGACAGCCUCGGUUAGAUCUGUUGGAUACUCGGAUUUGUUUCAACUGUCCAAAAAAGACUUGAUGUCUGUUUUUGAAGACUACCCUGAAGUAAAAGGAAAAAUCGAAGCGAACGCUCGUCAAAAACUUGAAUUGGACAGAAAACGCACAAUGUCAACGAAGAAGAAGCGAAUUGAAGUAAGACGGGGAUCCCAGAAGAACACUGAGGAAUUAACAAUGCAGCUUGAGAUGAUGAGGAAAUCUAACGCUGAGCUUGCACAAGAACUAUUCCACAUAAAGAGUGUGUAUGAUGAACGGAUUUCUAACUUAGAGUCAGCACUUGGUACAUUGCUGAGUAAAAGAAGAACGUCAAAUUACAGGAUGUAA